GUUGACGAAAACUCCACUUUCGUUUUAAGUUAAAAAAAAUGAUUGUCUAUUAAUCAGUUUUAAGGGAGAGUUGGAAUAACGUUCAAACCACGAUGUCAGACCGGUACUAUCGCUUGGAGACUCUGCUCAUUGACAUCAGUCUCCCAGCUCUAAGGGAUCUGUUCGUGCAUUUCGCUCAGAAUGAUCCGAAUAUUACAUUCAACACACUAGAGGGAUACAUGAACAGCCGUAGGAAAGCAGUCGAUGCAUUACUCAGAUCAAGAGUACUUCGUAAAGAUCAAUUAGAUAAUGUUUUUCCAACAUCAGUAAAGUUUGACGAAACAAAAUGGGACAUGUCCUUAUUGUCAUCACUUCUCCUAAGCAUGUACGGACAAACAACAACUCCUGUGAAAAAUGAAAUACAGCUGAUAAGAGAUAUGCGAAAUAAAUUAGCACACAGGUCUGACACAAACAUGAUGGAAACAGAAUACAACACUUUGUGGGCAGAUGCUGUUGGCUUGACCGUGAAAGUUAUAACUCAUUUCAAGGGUCCUCCUGUCAUACAGAAAGUGGUAAAGGAUAUCACAAGUCUCGAAACUCGCACACUAGACCCUUCAAAAACACUUGAAAUCAUAAACACUUGGUAUCUGAGUGUCGUCUUGGAGAAUGCUGCAGAAAUGAAGCAGAAAUUAGAGGAAGUUGGAAUAAAUACCUCAUUUACUUCUAAUGUAUUACAGAAAGCUACAAUCAAAAGGAAAAGCAGAUCUGGUAAACCGUCGAAAAGGAUGAAAAGUUUGAGUACAUGCUUAGAAGGAUUUAAAGCAUCCAGACCGACCCAAAACUGAUACACGUGGCGGACAUAAAUCUGCAACUAAACAAGAACGAGUACGAGGAGAGAAUAAUAAGCGGAAUGACUAUAGUGGAGGACAGAUUACUAG